AUGGCCUCCGACUUUGUCGGCUACACCAUCUUGGUCACGCUGCAGAAUCCUCCGCAUGCCCAGGUCCAGGGUGUUGUGGCCAAUGUCGUCAAUCAGAAGCUCUUCUUGCACAAUGUACUUCUAUGGAAUGGCCAGCGGCUCCCCUCAUACGCCAUUGAGUCCUCCGCCAUCGCAGACCUCGAAGUGUCACCUUCCCAACCAUCCACCGUCGAAGAGGAGGAAUUGACUACACCAGUCGCCGCCGCCGCGGCCGAAUCCCAGAAACCUCUAUUUGCCUCAGCCCUGCGACAGCAACAAAAUGCGCCCGCGUUCGUCGACCCCGCCAUCAUCAGCUACACAAAACCGCCAGCCAAAGUUGCAACAAUGCCGGCAGUCGUCCAGCCCCCGCAGCCAGUGUCUCCGAUUAUGAUUGCUGAUGGGGUCGUGAGCAGCCCAUCUAUACGCUGGCCACGCAAUGGCAACAUGGGUAACAGUUCCGUAUCUAGUAUCGCUACGGCUGUCCCUAAAAAGACCGAGAAAAGGAACACUCCCGCCAGUGCCACUCUUACAGAGCCGUUUGAUGCGUUGAGUCUGGGGAACAAUGUUGCCGGUCCAAAAUCGACGCCAGCGGCCAUCAAUCAGCAGAAGACGCAACACGUACCGUCACAAACCGGCCCAGGCAUCAUUGACAUGAAAGAUAUCAACAACGGCCCGCUAAAAGGUCAGAAGAAAGCAGGAAAAGGCAAGGGCUGGCGCCAGACUCCAUUUGUAGAGGAAGUCCCUCGACAACCUAGAAAGAAGGCUCAGAGGGGUCGGAAACCCGCCGAAGAGAUCAAUGGCUGGGCUACCGAGGAUGCCACCGACAUCCAGGAUAUGGGUGAUUUUGACUUUGAAUCAAAUCUAUCCAAAUUCGACAAGCGGCGAGUCUUUGACGCCAUCCGGCAAGCAGACACCACGGCGGAAGCUGACCGGCUGGUGAGCUUUAAUCGCAGGGCUCGACCUGGUACCAAUGGAGGCCGAAACCUGCAUUUCACCGAAAAUGUUCUGGACAUUCCAGAUGGAAAAGACAAGGAUCGGUGGAAGAGCGAAGCUGGGGAAACCGAAGAUGAGUCGCUCGGGGGAGAGGGCCAUUACAGCAGCGGCCGAGGGUCUAAGAGAGCCGGCUCUCGACGGCCGCUUGGUUCGAGAAAGGGCAGUGUCAUACCCCCACACAUUGAUCGAACAGAUUCGCCCCGGCCUUUGGCUCGGAUCCAGACCUCAUCACCCCUCAAUGGAUCAGUGUCUGGCAUUCGUGGGACCUUCAAACUUCCCAACAACAAGCCGUGUCAUUGCCUGUCACCACUGCAGAUGCUUGAGAUUGAGCAACUCUGCACUUCGGAACUCGGCCUCACCGAAGACAUGCUCUCGGAGAAUGCAGGACGGAGUAUAGCAAUGGCGGUAUUCAAGAUCCCCGAGGUUAGAAGUGUGGUGUUUCUAGUGGGCAACCACAAAUCCGGUGCUAGAGCCAUCGUCGCAGCCAGACAUCUGCGAAACCGGAGGCUCAGGGUUACCAUUGUCAUCCUUGGGGGCGAGCGUGAAGAACUUCUUCUGGAGGUGAUGAGAAAGCAACUCAGCAUUUAUAAGAAGGGCCAAGGGUACGUGGAUCGCUGGGAUGAAUAUCAAACCAAAGCCAGUGCAGGCGGCCCUACCCCCGAUGUGGUUGUGGAUGCUCUGCUUGGAGUGCACGCCACAUUCGAAGAACUGCGGACGGAUGAUCAAGCAACUGUCCUGGAGAUGAUUCGUUGGGCCAAUCGCAGCUCUCUCGUCCUCUCCAUUGACGUGCCCAGCGGCUUAUCUGCCACUUCCGGGCUAUUGACAGAAGUGGAUGGGCAGCCGCUCGUUAUGAACAGUAAGCAUAUCGUCAGUCUGGGGGCUCCGAAGACGGGUCUUGCACAUGGAAUGGCUCUUGAUGGAGGCGUGGAGCCUACCUGGCAGGUCUGGGUAGCUGAUAUCGGCAUAACAGCUGCGGCGUGGCAGAAGCACGGGUCUCGCAGGAACCACGGAACAGAUUUUGGGACGGAGUGGGUUGUCCCUGUCAAGUUUGUGGUGGGUGCAUAA